CAAGGAUGCCAACCCCCAACUCCUCCACUUCUUCAGCCAAAGGCUUCCGCAGGGCGGUGUCAGAGCUGGACUCCAAGCAAGCCGAGGCCAUCAUGUCUCCACGAUUCAUCGGUAGACGGCAGAGCCUCAUCGAAGAUGCACGGAAGGAGAGAGAAGCUGCAGCAGCAGCAGCAGCAGCCGCCGCCACUGAUGCUGCAGAGUCCAUAGAAACAAUUGUCUUUGAGGAGAAAGAUGGGAAGGCCAUGUUGAACCUUUUCUUCAUGCUUAAGGGAGCAAAGACUUCAUCGCUAUCCCAUGCACUUAAAGUGUUUGAGACAUUUGAAGCUAAAAUUCACCACCUGGAGACAAGGCCCAGCAGGAAGCCUCGGGCAGGGACCACUGAGCUGGAAUAUUUUGUAAGGUGUGAAGUCCAUAGCUCUGACGUUAGCACUCUCAUGAGCUCCAUCAGAAGGAUGUCAGAAGAUGUGAGGAGCACCAAGGAAGACAAGUUUUACUGGUUUCCAAGAAAAAUCUCUGAACUGGACAAGUGUCACCACUUGGUCACCAAGUUUGACCCAGACUUGGAUUUGGAUCACCCGGGGUUCUCUGACCAAGCAUACCGGCAGCGAAGGAAAAUGAUAGCAGAAAUUGCCUUCCACUAUAAGCACGGGGAGCCAAUCCCUAGAGUGGAGUACAGGGCAGAUGAGAUAGCUACAUGGAGGGAGGUUUACACCACACUGAAGAGUCUGUACCCAUCUCAUGCCUGCAAAGAGCACCUGGAGGCCUUUCACCUGCUAGAGAGAUUCUGUGGCUACAGUGAGAACAACAUUCCUCAACUGGAGGAUGUCUCCCGCUUCCUGAAAGAGAGAACUGGGUUCCAGCUCCGACCUGUGGCUGGUCUGCUGUCUGCACGUGACUUCCUAUCCAGCUUGGCCUUCAGGGUAUUCCAGUGCACACAGUACAUCCGCCAUGCAUCCUCACCCAUGCACUCCCCAGAGCCGGACUGUUGUCACGAACUUCUGGGGCACGUACCGAUGCUAGCCGACAGGACGUUUGCACAGUUCUCCCAGGAUAUUGGACUGGCAUCGUUGGGAGCCACUGAGGAAGAGAUUGAGAAACUUUCAACGCUCUAUUGGUUUACAGUGGAGUUUGGACUCUGCAAACAGAAUGGAAUAAUCAAAGCUUAUGGAGCUGGACUCCUCUCCUCCUAUGGGGAGCUAAUACACUCCUUGUCGGACGAGCCAGAGGUCCGGAACUUUGAUCCAGAUGCUGCUGCUGUUCAGCCCUACCAGGAUCAGAACUACCAGCCAGUGUAUUUUGUAUCCGAAAGCUUCAAUGAUGCCAAAGACAAACUCAGAAGCUACGCUGCUCGCAUCAAGCGACCCUUCUCAGUGAAAUACGAUCCAUACACCCACAGCAUUGAGCUCCUGGACAACUCACAGAAGAUUCACCACUCUCUGGAGAAUGUGAGGGAUGAGCUUCACUCCUUAAUUGAUGCAUUGAAUAUUAUCAGUUAAUAUGAAAACCAUGUUUUUUCUCACCCCUCUGCCACUGGGUGCUUCCUCCUUUCACCAUCACAGAGAUGGCCCUUGCUCUGGUACUUUGCCACUGUGCUUUCAGCCAGGUCCUGGGCAAUAGCUUCAACCCAUUCUCUCUCAGGGUUUGUACUGCUGCCCACCACCAUUGUAUCUCCACAGUCAUUUAAAGACGAAUGUUUGUAUUUUGAGAUGAUCCAGUUUGAAUGGAAGACGGAAGGGUUAAGGGCCUGAUCCAAAGCCUACUGAAGUCACUGAGAGUCUUCUUAUUGCCUACCACGGGCUUUGGGUCAGUCCCCAAUACAGUGUCACACUACAGUCAUUAUACAUGAGCUGUGGGUCAUAGACUCAAGUGCAAUUAAUGGAAUUAAGGGCACAAGAAGUCAGGAAUCUAUUACAAAUACUGGACAUAAGGGAUUUUUCAUUUAAAAUCCCACAGGAAACAUGUUCAUUUAAUUAAAAAAAAAUUCCAAUAGCAGCUUCAUGAAGAAGCAACUGCCCUGUAUUAAAUCCCCUUUGAGGGCAAAAAGGCUUCUAAGUGAAUCCUACCAGCUCUAAGUCCUAGUUUGAGCUGAACUCCUAACCCAAAUUAAACUUCUGAAACUGGGCUGGGCUCUCUGGGCUGGAGUAAACUCCAAAAGCUAAAACAAGCCCCUGAGCUAAACUAAACUUAAAGGCUGGAACAAGCUUUUGAGCCACACCAAACUUCCAAGUUGGAAUGAGCUUCUGAGUGCUGUCAGACUCCCAGGUGGAAGUGAACUCCUGAGCUAUAUUAAUCACUCCAGAAGUGGAGCAGCCUUAUGAGUAGACUGAACUCCCAAUGUGGAGUGACCUUCUUGGGCCUAGUAGCCAGUUUUAUAGAUCCUUAGCCCCACCCCUAAUAGAAUCUGGCCAAUCAGCCCUUUCCAUCCUACCCAAAAUGGAGUCUCACAGCUAGUAGCAAACAGCCUUUUCUAGCUCCAAGGAAAACUGCACCAACAUGUUAGCCCAAGCUGUAAAUACUUAAAAUAUAUUUUCCCUAGGAUAAAGACAGUUAGAAGGAGGGCAGGAGAAACCAACCCUUCAGUGGAGCUCUGUUUUCCUACAUCCCAUUGGGACUCAUUAAGGAGUUUUAAUGCAAACACUACACAUCACCCAUUUAGCCUAUUCUCAGACUUACUCUGAGGGGGCCUCCAUGCUCUGCCUGCUCAGUUACAGAGAGAUAAUAACUCAAAAGGCUACACUAGUCUUCAUUCUACCAGUGAGGGUGCUUAUUCCAAAAGGGAGGAUUUUAAUUAUUUUACAUUGUUCAACUACAAGAAACCACUAACUGCAGCCCCAUUGUCCCAUUUCUCUCCCCUCCCAGCAAGCAAGCAGGUUGGGUAAGGAGAACAUCCAGGGAUUGAAGGUGCCUUAGCAGGAGUGUCUUUGAUUCAGCAAAGUACUUAAGCACGUGCUUAAUGUUAAGCACCUAGGUAAUCCCAUCAGUGGUAAUCUUUGUAUUGACUUCAGUUGUGUUGGAUAACACCCACCAUGAGAUUACUCAGGUGCUUAAAGUGAAGCAUGUUCCUAAGUGCUCUGUGGGCCCAGAUCUGGAAGCUACAGUGCCAUUUCCCCAGGCUUCAUGACAUGUGGAGGCAGUUUGUAUAAAAAUGACCUGGAGAAUGAAUGAGCAAGUGGUCACUGUUUUAACUCUCCUUUAAAUGAAGCAUGCUGGGACAAGGAGUUCUGGGGCAGGGAAGAGGAAGAAGAUACAAAGCCUUCAUCUGAUUCAGCCUUUAGUUUAUUCACUGAUAUUCAUCAUGCCUUGAUGAAUGGUUCUCUCAUUGUUGUUGCUGCUGCUGUGGAUGGAUCUGUCUGUCUGUCU